AUGAGCUCCGAUAGAGCUUUGCGGGGCAGCUGUCAUUGCGGGCGCAACCAGUAUAUCAUCCGGAUUCCCGGAGCUUCCACUAACGAAGCUCAGGUCUUAUUUGACACGAAUGUUACGCAGAGAAUCGCUUCUGCUACACCACUCUCUGCCUUUCUUCGGGUACCUCUCACCUGGUACCACAGCCAGACCUUUCCAUUCUUUCAAGAUGAAUCAAGAUCGGCUAUCCGGCGGGUUUACUCCCAUCCGUCAGAGGAACAUACCCAAAGACACUUCUGUGGUUUCUGCGGCACUCCGAUCUCCUACUUUACAGAACAGCCCAGAAGCGAGGCGGACUAUAUUCAGCUAACCCUGGGCAGUCUGUUGACAGAGGACCUCCAUGAUCUGGAAGAAUUGGGCCUCCUCAACGAGGAAGAGGAAGAGGACGUCAUGGAUAUUGCGCCUCCAACACCAACGGCAAGCACUGGACUGCAAUUGAUCGGGCGCGACUUUACGCACAUUCCAUGGUUUGAAAGCUUCAUUCAGGGUAGCCGCUUGGGCAACGCUCGAACAAGUCGAGGCGUACAGCAGAGCCGUGACGGUACCACACGCGUGGAAUGGGAAAUUACCGAGUGGAACGGGGAAGACGACGACGAUAACAACGACAACUUGGAUGCAUCUGAAUCCUCGGCCACUGGCAAGAGAAAACGUAGAGACACGGAUCAACCCAACCUUUCUGCUCAAGCCAGCGCAUUGUGA